AUUCCAAAACGUGAGGCGGUUCCGUUGGUUUUUAUAUUACUCUCCCUCCUCUCCAAGUAACUCCUUCCUUUCCUUAAUCAAUACCCUCCACGCGUAUAUAUAUAUAUAUAGCAUUAGCCUCUCUCUCCAAACUUUGUCAACCUCCAAAAUCUCUCUCUAAUUUCCUUGCAUAUCUUGAGAUCUGAUUUUUGCAAAACUUCAUCUUUCUGACUCACUUUUUCAAUUUUGCUUUUACUUCCUUCUCUGGUGAGAAUUUAUUUUAUUUUAUUUAUAUUGGUUUGUUCUUCAACUAUAUCCUUCAAUUUUUCUGGGUAGAUCUCGAUUUCUAUCCUCCUUGUAGAUUCAAAAAAUUUCUGUUCAUACCCCUUUUUUUUGGUAUCUCUAUAGGUUUUGGCUAUUUAUUGAUUUAAGUGUUUAAGCUUGUUUAAUUUAAAUUAGGAUUUGGGUUAGUUUCAUUGACUCCAGCUUUUGUUUCAAAUUUUUUGGUUGUGUUGGGAAUUCUGUUAUGGAAAACAUGAGAGAACAAAGUCGGUCACUUUCAAUUCCAAUUGGAAGCAAUAACGAGUAUGUAACUGGGUUUAGCCCAUUUAGCACAAGCACGCAUUCUUUAGAUGAUCCGAACAAUCAUUCGGGUUCGUCGGGCUCCGGGACUGUUUAUGAUGAAGAAAACCCAUUAAUUUCUGAUUGUGAAAGUGGGAUUUCGGGGCCACACGGUGUGCAAUCUCAAUUAAAUAUUGAUGGGUUGAUCAGAGUAGAUGAAGGGGACCGGGGUUUUGAAAUUAUCCGGAGGAGAUUUUUUUCGGGUUUGGGUUCUAUUGGAGCUCGGAGCAGAGUGGUAGCAAUGCACAAAAAUGCUCGUUCUGGCUUCACCGGAAAAGCCCGGUUCCGUUCGUUCCAAAUUUUCAAGCAAGCUAUGGAGAACAAGUGUGGUGGCAAUGCCAAUGUGAAGUUUGCUUGGUAUGGUGCUUCCAAGGAUGAGAUUACAAAGAUAAUUUCUCAUGGUUUUGGUCAUUGUGGGAAACCUGAGAGCAAUGGAUUGUAUGGCUGUGGCAUCUAUCUCCAUCCCGAGAAUUCGCCUCUCGAAAGUGUGAAAUCUUCCAUUGUUGAUGAGGAUGGUGUGAGGCAUGUACUGCUUUGUCGCGUAAUCUUGGGGAAGUCGGAGCUUGUCCAUCCGGGGUCCGAACAGUGUCAUCCGAGUUCUGAAGAGUUUGAUUCUGGUGUUGACAAUCUUUCAGCUCCUACAAAGUACAUUGUGUGGAGUACUCACAUGAAUAGUCAUAUUUUGCCGGAAUAUGUCAUAAGUCUCGAAGCUCCUUCUAGCUUAAAUGGGUUGCAAACGAUUCAGAAUCCGUCUACGAGACCAAAUUCACCUUGGAUGCCAUUUUCUGCUCUAAUAUCUGUGCUUUCGAAGUUCUUACCUCCUCAUACCAUCGGUUUGAUCUCCAAGUAUCACAGUUAUCAUCGAGAAAAGAAGAUCUCACGGCAUGAAUUGGUACGGCGAAUCAGACAGUUGGCAGGGGACGAGUUGUUGGCUGCUGUCAUAAAAUCAUUCAGGGACAAGAAAAUUAAAGCAUCAACAAGAUUUUCAACAAAUAGCAGCUCAAAUUACGGCCCAACAAUGGAGGGGAAGAAACUCUGCGUUGCAGGAUAAUUUUCUUGAUCUGUGUUGGUGUGGGGAAGCAGACGACUCUCUUAUCGGCGAAUUCAAAAGAACUUGUAUGGUUAGGGUUAGGGUUAGGGUUAGGAGCAUCAAAUGACAAUGUGAUUGCUAAUGCUUUGACAGUAGACUAUUGCUUUCUUUUUGUUACAAUUUGGCCUUGCGACGGUUGUAAUUGUGGAAACUAUGUUGUCAGUUUUUAUUUAUGAUUCAAUGAAAGAAAUUUUUUUCAUUA